AUUAGUUAGUAGUUUUCUUUGUUCAUUCUGGAGAAAAGUAGUUUUGAUCUUAGAAUUCAUCAUUAUCAGUCUGCAUUUUGCUCAAAUUUGUUUGCUUUUCUGCGUUCCCAUCAGAAAAAUUUGAAUUUUUUUGCUCCAUAUGUGCCAAUUUUUGAAGUUGUUGAUGAUUUUGACAGACAUGGUUUUCUUGAGCUGGGCUGCCCCAACUCCUAAAGAGCAAAAGGCUUGCAUUGACAGGUCAGGUGGCUUUAACUAUGAAGCUAAGUUCAGGGGAGCUACUGCCAAGUCCCUAUCUUCCCUGCAAGAAGAUAAGGGCCUCUCAGAAAAUGGUUUCUUAUGCAACCAUGCCCGCGUUUUGGUCGGUUCGGGUUUGGAGACUUAUGAGAAGGGCAAGAGGGCUCUUCAGGACUGGAGGCAUUUUGGAUUGAAUUGGGCGUUUGUUGAUCCAAAGACGCCGGUUCAAAAUGGAGUGAAGUUUUGUGUUUGUGUCAAGGAGUUUCUGCCAUGGGUCAUGAUGCCUCUUCAGAUAGUGUAUGUGAAUGAAAAUAAAAGCAGUAAACAGUCCAUGGCGUCUUUUCGUUUUGGGGGUGGUACCCUUCAAGGUCACUUGCUGGCUGGAGAGGAGCGUUUCUCGAUUGAACUGGAUGAGAAUAACCAAGUGUGGUAUGAGAUACUAUCUUUCUCAAAACCAGCUCACGUGUUGUCAUUUGUCGGGUACCCAUAUGUAAUGCUCAGGCAAAGGUAUUUUGCUCAUCAUUCUACUAAUGCAAUCAAGAAACAUUUGAAUGCCUUGUAAUCCUAGUUCAUUUAUCUUUGUGGUUUAUUUGGUCCAAACA